AUGAGAAAGUACUUCGCAGCAGUUCAAAUGACAGUACCGAUAGUUAAUAUCUCAGGCAUAACUCUGGAAAGCGACAAGUUUAUGGCAUCUCAUUUGCCAUCUGUACCGUCAUUCUUGCUCCACGGAAAAUGUACCACGAGAUCUCCGAACGCGAUCAGGCCGUCGCAAGAGACACUCGAUGGAGCCGGGAACCUCGAAAUAAGAAGAAAAUCGACCGAUUUUGAACCUCUUUCGCAAACGCUAGGACGAGUCGUGACCGCGAAGACUCUUAACGGAGAGGUCUCGCUCUCGGUGGCGACGCACGAAGUUGCCUUAUCAUGCCUCUGCAUCGCAGCAAGCUUCGCAAUCGUGUCGAACGACCUCGAAGGGAGGAGUGGCCAGGUCCCUGGAUACGACCGAAACAGGUCGAUAGACCUGCAUGGUGACCGCGACGAAAGGAAGCGAGCCUGGCCGCAGCGUCGAUUCGCAGUAUUCGUUCCACCCUCUUCGGGAGCAAACACGCACGACGACAUGGGAGAUGCAGUAGCUCUUGGGCUUGGCUUCACGGAAGCCGCUCUGACAAUCACGUCCCUAAGUCUAUAUCGAAGCAAAGGCAACGAACUGGCCUUGCCAUCAUACGACAAGCACAACCUGGUGAUCGGGACUCUCAUCUCCUUCAUCAUCAUCACUCCGGCCCUCCUCUUCAUCUACAUCAUCGGACAGAGCAAUGUCCGCAAAUCCACCGCCAUAGCCCUGAUGAACGCGAUGGGCUUCACCCUGUUCCUGGCGGGCGGGACGGUGGUCCUCGACUAUUUCACGCACGGAUACCAAGUCUCGGGCGGGAACGUGAACCCGUUCGACACGGAGCACAGGAAUCUCGGGCUUGCUACCGGCUCCGUCAUGAUCGUCAAUUCCAUCUUCUAUCUCGCCGAUAGCCUCGUCAACAUGGCCGAUAUCUGCAAGAAAUGAAACUCCUUAAUAUAUUCCAGCCGAUGCA